CCCAAAGCAAAAAUGGCGGACGAGAAGGAAAAUGGAGAGUUGACGGAGGAGGAGGUAAAAGCUGAAGACUACAAAUUAGAGGCAAAUAAAUAUUUCAAGGAGGGGAAGUAUGAUGAAGCUCUUGAUCUCUAUUCCAAAGCUAUAGAGUUGAAUCCUAAUGUACCAGCUUACUAUGGAAACAGAAGUUUCUGCUACAUUAAGACAGAGUACUAUGGCUGUGCACUUGAUGAUGCCAAUAAAGCACUUGAGCUGGACAAAAAGUACCUAAAGGCAUAUUAUAGAAGAGCAUCUGCUUAUAUGGCUCUUGGAAAGUUCAAACUAAGCCUCAAGGACUAUGAAAUAGUGAAGAAAUUUAGACCAAAAGACAAAGAUGCCAAUCUGAAGUUCACAGAAUGCAAGAAGAUUGUACAAAGACAAGCCUUUGAGAAAGCUAUUGCAGCAGAUGACAGCAAAUCUGUGGCUGAUUCUUUAGAUUUAGACUCAAUGGUCGUCGAAGAUGAUUAUGAGGGUCCAAGAUUGAGUCCUGAAGGAAUCACUAAGGAAUUUGUAGAGGAACUAAUUGAAAGAUUUAAGGAUCAGAAGAAAAUCCACAAGAAAUAUGCAUACAAGAUUUUAGUAGACGUUAAAAAGAUAUUUGAGAAACAGCCGUCAAUGGUUGAAAUUUCUAUUCCAGAGAAUGGAAGAUUCACCGUAUGUGGUGAUAUACAUGGCCAGUACUAUGAUCUUUUAAACGUCUUCAAUCUGAAUGGACACCCCUCCCCUGAAAACCCCUAUCUAUUUAACGGAGAUUUUGUUGAUAGGGGAUCAUUCUCAUGCGAAGUCAUUUUUACACUUUUCAGUUUUAAACUUUUGUAUCCUGAUCACUUUUUUAUGUCACGAGGUAACCACGAGAGUGUUUACAUGAAUCAGAUGUAUGGAUUUGAAGGGGAAGUGAAGUCAAAAUAUACUGCAGAUAUGUCUGACCUCUUCACAGAGGUGUACAAUUGGUUACCUCUUUGUCAUCUUAUAAACCAGAAAGUGCUGGUCAUGCAUGGUGGAUUGUUUAAAAGAGAUGAUGUUAAGCUCGAUGAACUGAAAACUAUCGACAGAAAUAGACAACCUGGCGAUGAGGGUCUGAUGUGUGAGUUGUUAUGGUCGGAUCCACAGCCACAACCUGGUCGAUCACCAAGUAAGCGUGGAGUUGGUGUACAGUUUGGCCCGGAUGUAACUGAACAAUUCUGCAAAAAUAACAAUCUUGAAUACAUCAUCAGAAGUCAUGAAGUCAAACCGGAGGGCUACGAAAUAGCACACGAUGGAAAAUGCAUCACUGUCUUUUCCGCUCCAAAUUAUUGUGAUGAAAUGGGAAACAAAGGAGCGUUUAUCACAAUGGGAACAGACACGAAACCCAACUACACAACAUAUGAUGCUGUGCCUCACCCUGACGUGAAACCCAUGGCUUAUGCGAACUCCUUAAUGUCUAUGUUUGGUUUCAUGUAACUGGCACGAGAGUUCCACCCUGUAACUUAUAACUGCAGACGCCUUCCAUCUAUCUGGUUGACUUCGUGACAUGGCAUAUCUACUCCAGUUAGUUAAGCAAAGACAAGCUCCCUCAUUUCAAUCAUUUAUAUGGUUUGUGCAAUCGUCGGUCAUAUGGAGAACUUACCAUGUUUAUAAUCUAUCCAUACCGUGAACUGGUUUUCUGCACCAGAGGACAUUCUGUGAUCGUUACAUGACCAGCAAAUCCGUUUGACUCUAAAGGACUAUGUUUCGUCUAAAUUCUUCGCCACUUUUUUUUUUGUUUGUUUUUUAAUAAAACAGAAGGGAAAACAGCUUUUGAAGUUAUCAUUUUCCUCAAAAUUAUCAAUUUGAGACCACUACUACGAGAAUUUGAAGGCAUACCUGGUUACUAACACUGCGAACUGAAAACAAUCAACGCAAAUUUCAUAUCACUUAUGUACGACCAUCUGGCGAAAAUGGGAACCGAAAAAAUCUUCCAGUUUAGCCGAAGAAGACAUGCUCUCUGAUUAGCCGGGAUAUCCACUAUUUAUUCUUUUGGGAAUUUAAGAUUUUCGGGAAGUGCAAAUUUCUUUGAAAGAAUUUCUGUUUGAAAACAGUCUGUCUGACUAUGAAAAUAAAUUCAGAAAAAAAAAAAAAAGAACCUCGAUUCUUUGUAUUUCAUGCUAUUAAUUAAUUUUUCAUAAAGUACACUGAUGAUUAUGGUUGCGUAGUGCCCAGGGCCUUCUCGGCUUUCAAAAUGGCAUCUCCCCUAAGUCAGCAGCCAAUUUUUUAAAAUCGAGAAGGCCCUGGUGACCAAGUUGCCACAAAAUUUGCGCGACCUAUCUGCAGGCGUUGUGCAUGAUUGUAAACUUGUUCUGUGAGCCUUUCUUUUCCUCCAAAUCAUGUCAACUGGCCGUCAUCACAGGGUUUCCUUGUUUUCUGUCUGAGAGCUCCAUUUCCUUGUGAGCACGUGUAACUUGUCCUGGAAAUGCAUUUUGUAGAAGCGUGUUACAGCACACGUGCAAAUAAACCAUUAAGGCACA